CGGGGCUAACUCUGACGCCGCUGACGUCCCGUGCUACACUUUUUAUAAUCUCAUUUUUUUAGCACUUUAGAGGUGAACUUUCGCUUCGGAGUUUACAUCACGGGACAGUCAUGGACACUUUAUGACUUUCGGAGGCUUUAUUCUCUCCCUGACUGUUCGUAACUAGCAUCGCUGCAUACAAGAAGAAAACAUGGUGCAAGAAUAUCAGUCUCCCGUGAGGGUCUACAAGUACCCAUUUGAGUUAAUUAUGGAGGCGUAUGUGCGCAGGUUCCCAAAGUGUCCUCUGAUCCCGGUGCUGGUGGACUGUCAGGUCCUGAGUGAGACUCACAGUGAGGACGGCUCUGUGGUCGUGACCGAGAGACGCUGCACUAUUGAUAUCGAGAUCCCCAGACUCCUCAAAAGGAUUGCUGGUCUGGACUACUUGUACUUCAUUCAGAAAAACACACUGAACCGCAGGGAGAGGACUUUGGACAUCAGGAUCCACAACGAGACCUUCUCCAGCAGAGUCCUGGUCCGGGAGCACUGCAGGUACUCGGUUCAUCCAGAAAAUGAAAACUGGACAUGCUACGAGCAGACUGCCAGUAUGGACAUCAAGUCUUUUUUUGGCUUUGAGAGCACUGCGGAGAAGAUAGUCGGAAAACAAUACGCUAGUAACAUUAAAAAGGGGAAAGAGAUCAUCGAGUAUUACCUGGCAGAGAUGGAGCGGGAGGGCAUCAGCUUUAUACCGCGCUGGACUCCUCCUCUCUCUUCCUCCUCCUCCUCCACGGCCAUCCCAGUGUCCACCCCCAGAGACGCAGCCCUGUCCGGCCCCAGCGAGCUCGCCGGCUCCCCCGAUGAUAAGUUGGAUGCAGACUACAUCAGGCGUUACCUGGGCGAUUUAACCCCCAUGCAGGAGAGCUGUCUCAUCCGACUGCGCCAGUGGCUCCAGGACGGACACAAGGGGAAGAUCCCCAAAGACCAGCACGUUCUUCGCUUCCUCCGCGCUCGGGACUUUAACUUGGACAAAGCGCGAGAGUUCCUGUGCCAGUCUCUCACCUGGAGGAAGCAGCACCAGGUGGACUUCCUGUUAGACACCUGGCAGCGCCCGCAGACCCUCCACGACUACUUCACCGGGGCCUGGCACCACCACGACAAAGAUGGGCGCCCUCUGUAUGUCUUGCGUCUGGGACAAAUGGACACAAAGGGACUGGUGCGAGCUUUGGGAGAGGAAGUGCUGCUCAAACAGGUGCUGUCUCUCAAUGAAGAAGGGCUGAGGCGCUGUGAGGAGAACACCAGAGUUUUUGGUCGGCCUGUCAGUUGCUGGACCUGCCUGGUGGACCUGGAGGGCUUGAACAUGCGCCAUCUGUGGAGACCUGGCAUCAAAGCCCUGCUCCGCAUCAUCGAGGUGGUGGAGGCUAACUACCCCGAGACACUGGGCAGACUGCUGAUCGUGCGCGCGCCUAGGGUCUUCCCCGUUCUCUGGACUCUGGUAAGUCCUCUGAUUGAUGAAAAUACACGAAAGAAGUUUCUCGUCUACGCUGGAAACGACUACCAAGGAGCCGGGGGACUGGUGGACUACAUCAACAAGGAAUAUAUCCCAGACUUUUUAGGAGGAGAUUCAAUGUGUGACAUUCCUGAGGGAGGGUUGGUGCCUAAAUCUCUGUACCGGACGGCGGAGGAGCUGGAGAGUGAAGAGUACAGACUGUUGACAGACUCUAUUUACAAAAGUGCCUCCAUCUUCAAAGGAGCUCCUUAUGAGAUGCUGAUCGAGAUCUCAGAAGCGUCCUCCGUAAUCACGUGGGAUUUCGACGUGUCCAAAGGCGACGUGCUCUUCCACCUGUACCACUCCAGACGGGCCCCUCAGCCACAGAAGAGGGACACUCUGGGGGCCCACGGCAUCACCUCCCUGGGGGCCGUCAACGCUCCGCUCAUAGACAAGAGCUGGGUGCUGGGGAAGGACUACAGCAUGGUGGAGAAAGCCCUGGUCUGCAGAGAGGGGGAGAGCGUGCAGGGCUCCCACAUCACGCGCUGGCCGGGCUUCUACAUCCUCCAGUGGCGUUUCCACAGCUCUGCGGCCUGCACAGCCUCCAGCCUGCCCCGAGUGGACGACGUUCUGGCCUCUCUGCAGGUCUCCACCCACAAGUGUAAAAUCAUGUACUACACAGAGGUCCUGGCGUCACAUGAUUUCAGGGGCUCCAUGACCAGCCUGGCCUCCAGUCACAGCGGCUUCUCCCAGCUCAGCGCCAUGACCACCUCCUCCGGCCAAUCAAACGCCAGCUCUACCUGCUCCAGCCAAUCACACGCCAGCUCUAACCUCUCCAGGUAACAUCCACUCAGCGGGACUCAAGAGCCUAGAAUGACUUUGAAACAUCUGGACCAAGCUGUGCCUCGUGUCUUCUCCAAGGGACCAACAGAAAUGUGGUGUAAAAGACUUAAAGGUCCUAUAUUACACAAAAGUGACUCUUGUGAGCUUUAAGUCGUGUUGUGAUGUUGUUUCCUCCUCAAAAACACACCUUGGAGUUGUGUUGUUUCAUUCACACAUGUUUGAGUAACUUGAGUUUGAGUAAUCAUUGGUAAUAUUAGACUGUUUACAUCUCCGAAGCUCAAAAUGCUCUGUUCCACCUUGUGAUGUAGUGAGUAGUCAAAUACAGGAAAGUCCAAGCUCGAGUCUCGAGUCAUUGGCCCAUAAAUCCAAGUCCAAGUCAUCUGCUUUGAGCUUCAAGUCAUUUCAAGUCUUUAAACCAAAGUACUUAGAUUUUUUCCAAUUUAUAUGGAUUUUAAACUAAAUUAUACUUAAAAAAAACAUUUUUCCUUUUUAAAUGUCUUGACAAGAUCUUAGUGUGACUCACUGCACUCAGAACAGAAAGAAUUAAGAUUUAAAAGUGCUCAAUAACAGUUAUAUUGUCAUGUAGUCUGCACUGAAAUGGAAGGACCAUGGUCUGUCAGGGGAGUCAAACUCAAAUUCACAGAGGCCAAAAUUAAAAACUGGGACUAAGUCGUGAACCAAACUAAAUAUUUAUUGAAAAAUUUCAAUAACAUCUGCAUGUUUUUCUUUUCGAGAUAUGUAAUGUUAAACCUUUUCUUAAAAUAAAUGUUUAAUCAUAGUUUUGCUUAAACAUUGAAUCCAGAACAAGCAUAAUAUAAAAUAAUAACAACAUUUUAAAUAAUUAAUGUCUCUAUAGUCUAACUGUAGCCUGUAGCUGGCGGGCCAGCUCUAAUACUUAUUUGAUAUGAUCUCGUGGACCAAAUAUAAUUAUAUUGCGGACCAAAUUUGGCCCCUGGGUCUGAGUUUGACAUGUCUGUUCUGUGUAGUUCCCUCUGUUUUAAUGUAUUGUAUGUUAUUGUAUAUUACUGUAGUACAUUUGAAGAUACCGUCUCAAUUCCUUCAGUUCCAUCCAAAGUAACAAACAGAAGUGGGAGGGACAUGUUCCAGUUUGUUCCUGUAAAAGCAGCACAUUUAUCAACUGUAACAAGAAAAGUAUUUUUAAAAAAACAUAUAUUUUUUUAGAAGAAGCCUCAAGUCUUCUCAAGUCAGAGGACCCAUUUUAUCAAGUCAAGACUCAAGUCCUUAAAAUAGCAGGGUAGCCGCGGGGUCUUAAAAGUCUUAAAAAGUCUUACAUUAUGUUGUCCAAGUCUGGAUCUGGUGUUUUUCGCCUGCAUAAUGGGUGCGAUGUUGGUCUUAAUGUUCAUUUAAGUGGUCUUAAAUAGGUCUUUAAAAAGUCUUAAAUUCAGGGUAGUCAAACCUGGGGAAACCCUGAAGAGUGACUCAAGUCUGACUCGAGUCCAUGCCGCGACUUCUAAGUCUCUGGUGAUAGUUUUCAAGUUAACAUUCAAGAUAACUAUUAACUUUAAACGAUUAUAGUGAAGGUGUAUGAACUUUAAAUAAACAAUGGAGCACUUUCUGUAUCACCACAUGAAGUCACAAGGUGUUUUUUUAAACGUGUGUGAAUGAAACAAAACACAACUCCAGGUUAUGUUUGUAUCAACAUUAUAGCGUAGAUUAAAAACAGUGUAAUCUAGGCCCUUUAAUUGCUCUUACUUCAUAUUGUUGACUUAAACCUAAUGUUUUUAUAAUUCAGAAUUUUAUAUUUAUGUGUUUAGACUUGUUACAGUAGUUAAUGUUGUUGUCCACUAGAUGUCAGUAUUGUCUUCUGAAAAUGUUAGCUGCUCACAGAAAUGCUCUUACUCCUCGGGUGCAUUUAGUUUUUAAAAAUUCUAUAAAUUAAUAAAUAUGAGUAUAACCUUGAAUAAUAUGAAGUCUUUGUGUGUAGAAAACUUUAAUUGCGGUUUCUCUUAAAUAAAUCAUGAUUAGACUGUAAUUGGACUGUAAAUUAAAGGUGCACUGCAAAACAUUUCUAAUCGAGGAUCCACUUAAACAUAUUAAUCAUAAGAAAGACAAGCAGGUUACUGAACUAGAUUAAAUUACAGGUCAGAUCUGUGGAGAGUCGCCCCCUAUUCACGGAAGGAAUUGCUGUAUUUUUAAGUAACAGAAUCUCUCCUAAUGAAUAAAUGCGACAUGGAUUUGCUUAAUGCCACACCAUGGAACAUUCCUGGCUAAGCACUAACAUCUCCAUGGAGACAAUUUGGUAGCGGACCUUCCACCAGAAAAAGAAAAGUUGCGCAGUGCACCUUUAAUUACAUAAAGUUCUGCAGGAUCAUGAGCCAUCUGAGGCCUUUUUGAUUUAGAGUUUUGAAUUAUGAAAUAUGGGAAGUUUAAUAAUAUAAUGAUAGUACAUGUCUUUUCUUUUUUUUCUGUACAUGUUUUUUAUAAUGUGACUGAAUAAAAAAGUUUUACUGUAAA